AUGACAUACAUGUAUCAGCGUGCAGACCCAGUACAGAGUGACGGUGGAUCAGAGAGAGAAAGUAUGGAGAGAAAGCGAAAAAAAGAUUCUUAUUAUUAUGGCAAAGAUCAUUUCUUUGUUAUGAUUCUAUUAUCUUGUCUAUUGCUACUAUCCACUUUAGUUCUCAAAGUAGAAUCAUUCAAUGUCGAACCAACAAUAUUCUAUGGAGGUGAUGUGGUUUGGAUCACUCUGGACAAUGUUGUUGCAGAUCCUUCCCAACUCUCUGUUGUCUUACGAAGAAGUGAUGCAAUCACUUACGAUGUCCAAAUGGAGUUUGAAUACAGUAUAAGUGAUUUGAUUCAUGUCUUUAGUUUUGAUCAAUCCACCCAAAGAAAUCCUCCUCCACGCGGUGUCGUUCUUACAUACCAGAUUGUUGUAGACAACUAUAACCCGGUCCAGGUCUAUUUUGCACAGUCUUCAAAAAUUAUAGGAUUCUCAACAUCACACCUUUUAACUGAUUUACAAAAUGUGGAGAUUGAUAUUUAUGGUGAAAAUCUCAUUCCCAUCGCUAGUUUUAGUGAUGUCAUAGAAGUGUUCUUUGUAGCAGAUCAAAUACAGGAUAUACCUUGUAUUGUUCAAUAUCCCAUUGCAGAUACAACCAUUAGAUGCACGUUGGCAUCAACACCCAAUACCCCAACAACUCUUCUCGCUAAAAUCAAAUACCAAUCCCUUUACAAUCCUCCAGCCGAUUACAUUGUGUCUAUCACUUCUAUAUAUGUUAAUGAUUAUCUAAUAUUAACGGGAAUGAAUCCAAUCCGAGGUUAUUCCGGUCAAGCUCAAGCAAUAACUUUUACUGCCAAUGUUAAUAUCAAUAGACCAAUUGAUAACUUGCAAGUUGUUUUUGUUCAAGUUGGUGGUCAAUUUUCAAUCGUAUGUCAAGGCGCAAAUCUUUUAAAUGGCUUGGUCACUUGUACACUUCCAAUCAUUCCCAACAUUGCUCCAGGUUCUUAUCUAGAACUAAGACCCGAUGUUAGCUAUGGAACUUUAGCAAAUAGAGUGCCAGUACCAUUUACUUAUUUCACUUCGAGUGCUUCACAAAUUGGAAAUAUUCUAUCAAGAAAGCUGAUCAUUUCUGGUUCAGAGUAUGUCACAAUCACUGGUACCUUUUUUGGCCACCCUACUCUGUUAACCAUUGAUGGAAUUGAAUGUGUUAUUCAACAACCAACAACAUUGGCUUCUAUUACCUGCUUGACGAGUCAAUUCAAUGCUGAAAACCCAUCUGCCACUCUUUCAUUGACCAUUGGAAACGAAAUUAUUCAACUACAAAAUGCUUUUGAAAUUGGAAGAUUGCAUAUUAUGUCGGUACCAUCUUUUGCUCUUUAUGAUAGUAAUACUGUCCCAGUUACUACUACCAUGAGAAUAGGAUUUACCGGUGUUAUACCUGAUGGUACUGCUGUCAGUGUAAUUUGUGGAACCAGUCAAUUUAUCCCAUCAACUAUUAGGGUCAUCUCCAAUGUUUUAUCCUUUGACGUCUCUUCAGCUGGUUUUACGGCUGGAGCAUCCUGUCAAAUUGCAAUGAUACUUGGUACAAAUGGACCGACAAUUCACCUUGGUCCUUUUCAAUUUAAAAAACCAAUCAUUACAGUUGACCAAAAUACAUUUCAAUCUUUAAUUUUCAAAUCAAACAAGGCAAAAAUUAAUUUGAAAACCAUUGAUGAAGAAACAUUCGUAGGGUUUGCAGUUGAGCUUGUACUUGUUACCCCUGCAGGUGAUACUAUUAUCGCCAAAGGAAAUGUAUUACCUGAUAAUAUUGUUGAGUUUAAUGUUCCAUCUUACUCUUUAGACACAACAAUCACUUCAGCUCUUGAUGCUACAUGUACAAUCAGAAUUGAUAAACAUGAGUAUACAAUUCCCACCCAAAUUUAUAGAUAUAAAGUCCCAAAAAUAACUCAAGUCGAGUUUAAAAGUACUGGAUUUGAAAUGAAAGGGGAUAAUUUGGAUCUAAUUAGUCAAGGUUUCACAACAAAGUUUAUGUUGGAUGAUAUUGUUCUUGGACAAUGCGCACCUUCUUCAAAUACCAAGGUCGUUUGUACCGGAUACGGUUCAUCUACCCAAGCAAAGACAAUACGUUUGAUUGUGAAUGAAAAGACAGAAUUCAAAUUCGAUCUUUCUACCGGCGCCGGUAUUACUAUCGUCGGACCUGUGGCAACAGAGAUCAAACCACGAUUAUCAAAACUUUCCAAUGCAUUACCCAUCACAAUUAGAGGUACUGGAUUUACAGCGCAAUCCUUGGUUACAGUUGGUGGAAUCCCAGCACCUGGAUGCGUCCCUUCCCCCGGCACCGCCGAUAUCAUUUGUGGCAGACCUCUUGGUCUUCAACCAAACACUGACAUCGUUCCAUUCCAUCAAAUUACAAUCGAUGGUGUCGUUCAAUCUGAUAUUCCUUAUAUGGUCCAUGUCGUCUCUUGUUUGGGUCAAUCUAUCAGUUCAUCGAUUGAUGGUCAACACUUUGACUAUUUUCCAAAGAAAUGGUGGUUCAAUUAUAGAUUGAUACCUAGAUUACUAAAUGGUCCCCGCCCUGACGAUUAUUUGUAUGCUGAUGCUGACGACCAGAAUCUAAGAUCUUUCUCUCCAUUAAAUACUCAUACCGAUAUCGAACAUAAUUCUCUGUACAAGACACUUGAACAAUCCAAGAAUACAGGAGCAAAUUAUAUAUUUUACAAUGAUGGAGUAGGAAAAUUCAGACAAACCAAUGGAGCACAAGAUGAUAAAAAACCUUCAGGUGAGACACAAGGCCAUACCAAAGGAUUCGUAAUUUGGGAAGAACAUAAUAAUCAAGUAUAUGGAGUUCAUGUCUUGCACUCUACUCCCCUUUUUCCAACACUUGAUUAUUUUAAUCUGCCACCCCAAAAACCAGCGUUUUUAGGAUCAUCAACCAAAAGACAACAUUAUUUUUGUCGUCCUUUUGCUGGAUUGGCUGAACUGGACAAAGUUGCAGAUUAUAUUAUCAUCAACAAUGCAAACAUCUAUAUGGACUCGAUUAGUGCUCAGUCUCUAUCUACCAAAAUGAUUAAUAUCAAAACCGCUGGUCCAACAUAUCUGAAUAAUUGUGAUCCUGAUACGAUUACAACUUGUUUGUCCAACUUUGACGUACCAGGUGGCGGAAAACAAGGUUCAGCUUUGAUCCCAUCGCCAUAUAUUGUCAAUGUUUAUCAAAAAAUUGUCUAUCCCAACAUGGAAGAGCAUAAAGACUCCGCUGACCAUGCCAAGAUUGCCUACACUUUUCUCCCUUCGUCCAGAGGUGGUAACACUGGAGACUGGUUUUGUGUCGGUGAUAGUAACAGAGCUUUUGCUCAGCCUGGAAGAGGUGGUGGAGCAUUUUGUUUCCAAGCUCCAACUUUGGUAGAUCAAUUUCACAGAGCUGUAACCAAGUAUAAACUAGUUGCACCUAUUGAUCCCGCUCCAAAUAGGCUGAUAGAGUAUGGAGUUUCUCACUCUGAAAAUGAACAUGUAGUAAGAUCAACAAAUGUUGAAUUGGAUAUUCAAUUAAACACUGUUCCCAACUUUCAAAACCCAGUGACCGUCGUACUUUAUGAAUCAGUCUCAAAUAAAGUCACCCAACCAGCCCCAGCACCAAGAUAUUUCGAUGAAUACAAACUGACGCCUUACGAAACUCACCAUUUCCACGGAACAAAAAGAAUUACAUACAAUGCCUUCCGUACUACUAUUUCACCUAGAGGGUUUGGUGUUCCAGGUGCAGAGACUCCUUUCUCUCAAAUUUCCGAUAACUUGUCAAUCCUACCACCCUUUUUUACACCGCCAGAAGAACUUGUAGCCAAACAAGCGCUUAAAGUCGAAUACUAUGCAAAUGACGAUUUGGUUGCUUCAGUAUGUAACUCUAACCCUCCCAACCAUGAUUGUUAUCAAUUAUCGCACUAUCGAACCAAUCGAAUCGCACAUUCAGCACCUGAUGCCCACCCUCUCUAUGUGUACGCUAUUUCUGAUAUUGUUGAUUACCAAAGAAUCCAUCACACUUGGUUAAUUCAACAAAAAUUCAAUUCACUUGUACAAUCGCAAUUACCAAGUAUGACCAAAGUCAAGUAUAUCAUCGAACAACCACAACCCAACACUAUAUCGCAUUAUGAUACUCAAAAUAGAGGGAUUGUUUUGAAUGUUGUUGGAAACACCGACAUUUGUCAAGAAGAACAAACCUAUCUAUUAUUACUUGCAUACUAUCAUAAUAGAACCAUUCAAGAACCUUCCCAAUUAAAUGGCCUUUAUGGAAAUCUACAACAAAACUCUCAGAAAACAUUUGUCAAUGGUAUUCUUUUGUCGUUGACAAGGUAUUUACAUAAUCAAGCUGUUGGAUCCACAGUAACCAGUUUCAACCCAUGUUUUGUUUUAGCACAAAGUAAAGACUUGGCAAAUAUAGGUCAAUUAUCUGAUGAUUAUCUAAAGAUGGCAUCUGCAUUUUGGACAAUUUUAAAUGAUAAUCAAUUGCUGCUUUCUUUUGACUCGAUUCUCAAAACUCUAACAACUAUAAGAGUUCAAGAUGAAGGAAUUGAUAAUUUUGAAAAGUUUUAUGCCAAACAAGAGAAUAUUCUAAAGAGUUAUAGAGAUUUAUUUGGAACAUUAGGUUUAUUGCAACCUGCACCAAAUCCAAUUGCUGGAAAUGCUCGCAUUUUAUCCUCAUCCUCCUCUUCCUCCCCCACCAGUUCAUCAAUUGCUCACCUCUUGAAAGUUUUAUCAGAAAACUAUCCAAACAACUAUGACGUUGACAGUAUCACUAGAGAAUUGGUUGGAUCUGGAUCGGUACAAAGCACUUAUUACUCGGAUCUCAAUGGUGCUCUCGAUCAAUGGAUCAACAUUCAAGAUAAAAACCAAGGUGUUCAAACUCUAUUUGUAGACAUUCUUUCAAAUACACAAACACUUGGAGCUAUCGAAAUGCUUGACAAUAUCAAUUCAAAUCAACAUGGUGUUGAUAUUGAUAUUCGUACAUCACAAUCUGGUAUCAAAUUUAUAGCAUCAUUAUCAACGAUUGUUCAAAUCACAACGUUACUUGUUUCAUUUAGAUCACAUCCAUCAACAUUGGUAAAGAAAUAUGGUAAAGAUUUUGAAUUAUAUUUUGUUCCAGAAGUGGAAAACGGAGGUGAUGAAGGAUUUUUGGUUUCAACUCUUAACAACAAGCUCUGUGACAUUCAAAAGAAUACAAAGAUCAAUUUUGAAUUACCAAAUUUUGACUUGUCAAGUGGUAUUUGUCGUCAAGCCACAGAUAUUAUCACAUCAGUUACGCCAUUGAGUGGAUCUACUGUAGGUGGUUAUAGUAUAAACGUAGGAGGUAUUCAUUUUAAUUCAAACUCUAAAGUUAAAAUUGGAUCAACUAUUUGUCAAUCAACACUAUUCAUUUCAACGACCAUGUUACAAUGUAUCGUUCCACCUGGUAUUGGAAACAACCAUAUCGUUUCAACUGUUUCAUCUUCAUCCUCUGGUCUGAUUGGACUCACUCGAUUCCAUUUCAACUAUUUCCAACCAACAAUAAUCGGUAUUCAAAGCCCAACAUUAGUAUCAAAUCUCAUUACCAUAACAGGUAACUAUUUUGGUAAUAAUGCUCUCAAUAUUAAUGUAAAGGUUGGAGAUAGUGAUUGUGACAUUGUUUCAAUUCAAAAUGAUCGUGUCAUUUGUCGGUCAAUCUCUAAUGAUUUUGGUAUUGAUAGAACCGUUUCCAUCCAAUCCACCAACUCCAACUCCAACUCUUUGUAUACCUCUACCACCAAUCUAAACAAAGCCAAUAUUGAUACAUCAUUGGUCUCUUUUAGACCACCCAUUAUUCAUUCAGUCAGUCCAUCGACCACUGUUCAUGUUGGUGAAACCAUUUAUUUGUAUGGAAAGUAUUUUGGAUUGAAAAACAGUGAUUUUGGUCCACACGUUACAAUCAACAAACAAAAGUGUCAAGUUCUCGACUACUCACCAGAAGUGAUUACCUUUAUCGUACCAAAAGGUAGUGGAAGUAGCCAGAUUGUCGUUAAUGUUGGUGGUCAAACAGCUACGAUGCCAGUAACAUACGAUAUUCCCUAUGUUGAUUUCGUCACACCAAAACUAUUCAAUACCUCUGGUGGCCAAGUAAUGAGAAUACAAGGUGAUUCAUUGGGAUCAUCUAUUUAUGAUAUCGACUCUAUCAACUUUUACUUACAACAGCCAAUACAAUGUCAACCAUUUAACCUCCUCAUGGAAUGUACCAUUCCAGCUGGUGUUGGCAAAGAUAUUCCACUCACUGGAACAAUCAAUGGAAAAACAAUGACACCUUGGAACACCAAACCUAUAUUGGCUUCUUAUUUACCACCAUCUAUAGUCAGCGCUGUUAAAUUAACAGGAAACCAAUUAUCAAUCAAAGGUUACAACUUUGUUGGAAGUUUAAUUGGUACAAGUGCAUCAGUCGUUUUAUAUUCUAACUUGCAGAGUCAAUUAUGUCAGCUUCCUGUAUUCAAACCCAACGACAUUGUUACUUGUACCUCUCCAUUUGUCGCAUCGGCCACAGGUGUCGUUGUCAUUAUCAAAGAACAAGAAUCUGACAAGUUCAAUUUUGAUGUAUCAAUUGUUGGACGUAUCUACCUCGACCAAGAUAAUAAUAAUAUGCUUUCACAAGGUGACCUGAACAUCAGUGCACAAGUAACAGUUACAUUGACAUCAACCGAUGGUCAAUUUACUCAAUCAUUAAUCACUACAACAUCAGAGUAUAUGUUUGCUGGAAUUCCACCUGGAGACUAUAAAAUCAAGGCUUUUACAUCCACUAAAUUAUUCCCUAGAGAUACAUUCUCGGUCUCUUUAAAAAGUAACAGUGGUAUUAAUAUCUUUAAUUUUGGUGGGUUCCAAAAGCUUCUGACCGUUGGAACGGUCACCUACAAUCAAGAAACUUUAAAUAUUCAAUCCAAUAUUAAUGUUGGAGUGUAUGGUUGGUGUUUUACAACGGAAUGUCAAUUAAACUAUUCUUACAGUAUUCCAUAUGGAUCUACUGUUUUAAUAUCAAGUACUACAGGUCAAGUUUAUCUUUACACAAAUACUAUUCGUAUCUAUUUGUAUGAAGAUAAAAAUUUAAAUUUACGAUUGGAUGUUAAUGAACCUAAUAUUUUAGGUGCACAGGCGUCAAUUGUUUAUGAUGGAAAUACGGCACGAUAUUGUAGUGGUUCUGUUUGUUAUUUUAAUUGUGCUAAAAGUGUUUGCACUAUUAAACCUGGGUCGGCCUCUCCAACCUACACUAAUAUCUAUGGCAGCAUUAUUGUUGAAUUUAAUACCAUGUCGGUGGUCAACCAACAAAAAGAUAUCUAUAUUGCUUACUACAACAAAUCACAAUAUCCUCACUCUACUCAAAUAGAGACCACGAGUAAUGGAGUUGUUAACUUGCCAAUUGGUACUUACUCACUUGAAAUGACCUCACCCAUAACAAAGAUUGUUCCUAUUGGCACCAACACUCUUGUUACUAUCUUGCACCAAGCAAUUACCUAUUCAUAUACCCAAGCAACCAUCAUCAAUUUGUCUCCAGCUCCCAUUACUAUUACAAUAGCUCCACUUGGAAUCCUACAAGGAGUAGUACUCAGCCCCUAUGGACAAUCUUUAACGAUACCUGAUAUUGUUGGUUCAACUCCACCAUACAUUUCUGUUAAUGAAAAGAUUAAUUCGUAUGCAUGCCAACUAAUAGAUUUAUUAGGAAAGCUCCGUUAUUGGGUUUGUAAUAUCCCAAGAUUAGGACCAAUCUCACCAAAGGCAAGAAUAUUCAUCAAAACCAACGACUGGCUUUUAAAUCCCUACCCAGUUUCACUUACCAAGAUUAAUGUAUCGGGUGUGGUUUUCCACGAUACCAAUCUUAAUGGAAUCUAUGAAAUUGGUGAGAAAAUCAUUUCAGGAGUUCAUUUAGAAAUUUUUAAUGUACCAUCGUCCUAUACCAUCAGUACUUUAACUGGGUACAGAAUGCAAACAAAUAGUUUUAAUCAAAUCAAAGCUUUUAAAGUUCACGUUUUUGGUCCAACAAUUCAAUACCCCGCUCAAUCAACCGUCGCAUUCUAUCCACAAGGAGAUUCUCCCUCAUUGGAUUUUACUUCUUAUACCUCUAUCAAUGUUCCAUUGAGAAAACUCAAUUUAAAAUGUAAUGGAUAUUUAAUUUCCGGCACGAAUCAAAUUGAAUUUGUUGAAGGAAUAAUAAACCUUUCAAAUUAUGCUGGAUGGUGUUUAGAAGGUCAAACUUGUCAAUACCCAAUCACAUCGGUAUCAAUGCCCCCUAAUUGCAUUCGAUUGAAUAAUAGUGACAAUACUAUUACUAUUAUAGAAGGUAUCAACAUCACAGUCGACCUGUAUGACGAUCUUUUUAUUAGAACAGGCCUGCCCUUUGGAGUAUUCCAACCACUCGCUUAUCCAAUGUUGGUUCGAACGUCGUUUGUUUAUCAAGGCAGAAGUAUCUCACUAGAAACUCUUACUUCUUCAAUUGCAAUCAUUACGGUCCCCAAUAUUCCUGGUCAACUUUCAACAUUAUCGAUUGUUGCCCCACCCCAAUCAUCGCAUCAAUAUGCCAUUAUGAAUCAUAUCAAGAUUGAUUCGUCCAAUCCUCCAUCAACUGCCAUUCAAAUUGGAAUCACAACCAAACCGACAGUGAUUGGAUAUAUGGUAGAAUUGUAUGAUGUCCAAAAUACCGUUCUUACACUGCCAAUGGGUGUUUACAAAAAUGACAUUUUAACAAGACUAUCUUGGAAUAAUAAUCGUGCAAGAAAAAUCAUUACCUUUUCACCAGAUGUGAUAGUAUUGAUAUUCAAGAGUGAUUCGUCUAUGGUUGGACCAUUCAUUGGAACAACCAAUAAUAAUGUAUUCACAAUCCCUACAAAUACUGAUAUUUACAGUAUAGAGGUAGCCCACAAGAAUAUAUUCAAUACCAUUGUUCCAACUGAAGGUGGUUAUGUUCGUUUACCUGCCAAUCCAUUCCAAUCCUCUAGAUCAUUGUCACUACAUUUGGAAGGAGUACAACUCAAGUGUUCAGAAGUUCUCAUUUGUUUAUUCCCAACGUUGCCUGCAUCUGACAGACAAUUGGUCGUCAAAUUGCAACCUGGAAACAUUCAAUUGUACACCACCUAUAUCAUUACCUAUCCAGUUAGAUAUCCAGUCCCCACCGCACCAGGAACCUAUCUCGAUUCUUUUGGUCCAAACAAAACACUGUCAAUGACCUUUAGCAAUGUUGGCACGUUAAGCUCUAUUUCAAUUGACAACUAUCGAUAUACAAAUGUUUUAAUGAAAACACGAACCUUUACAAUAGAAUCAGUUGAAAAUCAAACUGCCACUGUUAUUGAUAGUUACUCUGUCUCGAACGUAAUUUACCCAAUUAACGUAACCAUGACAAACACCUCUUUCUCUAUAAACUGGGUUAGGUCAUCUAAAAUCAUCUUUAUCGAAGGUGUGGCAAUGAGAUAUUUCUCAACUCAUCCUGAUGGUGCAAUGGUUCAAGAUGAAUUGGGAAGAGUAUUAUGGGCAAGGUUUAGAGCUUCCAUCACAGAAUAUUCAAUGUAUGGACCUCUUGGAUCAGGACUUGGUUAUUUGGAUUGUCUCGACCCAACUAGAAAUACUCUAAGUGAUACUCAAACUAUUGGAAAUGGUUACUAUUCAAUCUAUGUUCAACAAAACUAUGGUUUCACCCUUAAAGAUCAAAAUCGCAAUCAAGUAUGGGAACAAUACGCGUAUUCACCUACUGCACAAAAACUUGUUUUCUAUGCGGAUGGUGAUCUAUGUUUAGUCGAUAGUGCAGGUGUAAAAAAAUGGUGUACCUAUACCGCUGGACUUGGAGGUCGCUAUUUCUUGGUUGCUCCCACUGGAUAUGUUCAAGGAUACAACUGGAUGAUUCUCAUGCUAAAUGCAAACGGACAUGUUGUUUGGGCAAGACAUGAUGGACCCUCUUCAAGUUUUUCAAUGCUACCUGGGUCAUACAUGGUAGCAGGACAAGCUCUCAGAAAUGGUCAGUUCCUAACCAAUGGUCUCGUCUAUAUGGUCUAUGAUGCAAUUGCAGGAUAUAUUAAAUAUUACCGGGAACCACCAGGACAUCCAAACAAGGUCCUCUUGUCUCAAGUGCAAUGCAUUGGUAAUAUUCUACUCUUGUCUGGAACAACGCCUCAAUGUUUUAACGAUCAAGACUCAACUCAACUAUCUACCAUCACAACCACUCUUUCAUACUGGGGUCUUAGACCAUCUACAUCCAGUGUCAUUUUGGAAACGCGAUCAAAGAUAGCCACUUUUUCGUAUGUCACUUUUAUUGACCAUUCAUUCUCACCACUAUUACAAGAUCUCAUUCAAGGUCAAGUUUUCAUUGAUCUCAAUCGUAAUAAUAUAAUGGAUCAAAAUGAAGUUGGACUCUUGGGUGUCACCGUUUCGAUUGGUGUAUCAUCUACAACCUCUGACGCCAAAGGUUUCUUUUCUCUUCGUUCUCAUCAAUCGAUGACAGAGAAACUUAAAUUCAUCAAUAUUCCUUCUCAAUACUAUACUCCAAUUCCAGAAUUGACUCUCUACCAAAUUAGAUUUAAUAGAGAUAUUCCACUUUAUCAAAAAGGUAAAAGAGAAACAAAUAUAAAAAUGAAAGAAAAGAAAUCAUUUAUUAAUAUUCUUUUAUUUAUUUGUUCUUUAGGAAAUUGUUAUGGUUAUUUAAAUUCAAAUGAUAAUAGUAAAUUAUAUUUGGAUGUUGGUACUUUUAGAUUAUCUGAUUUUGGUUGGUGUACAUUGAACAAAGCAUGUGCCAAUAGAAUUACAACCUAUUCAUUUCCAGACCAAUGUUUGGUUAUGUUUAGUGAAAAUAACUUUGUAUCAAUUAGUCAAAAGACAUUUAUAAUCAAUCUCUACAUUGAAUCGAUAUCAUCACCAACUGGCAACCUUCCACUGUCUGCCUAUAAUCCCAAUUUGUUAUCUUCAAAGGUACAAAUAUAUGUCGCUGGAUUUUCAUCACCUCUCGAAUUGACUCCAAACGUAAACACCAAUUCCUAUGUUUGGGGUAGUUCACAAGGUAUUAGAAUACAAGUCACGACGAAUCCUGAAACCAUGUCACUUUUGAAUAACAUUAAUUUGGUUGCCAAUUUAACAAAUAAUGUUAUUUUUAAUGUUCCAAUGAUCAAGACCAGCAGAAAUCAAGAUCUGACAAAUCUUGUUACCUUUGGACAUGUAAACCAAUCUGCAGAGCUGAUCCUUCCACCUGGUCACUACACCAACACAUUUAUUGGAAUGUUGGGAUGGAUAAACCGACCCAUCUCUUUUACUACAUCCAACACUCAAAUGCAAGUGUACCUAUUUGGAACAUCAGGACAACCUAUUACACUCACAAGUAGAAAUGGUACCUCUAUUCCAAUUCCUACCAAACUUGGAAUCUCCCAAAUUCAAAUUGCACCACCCGACACGUUGUUCUCUAUAUCAACCAAGACAGAAGGAGAAUAUUAUCAAUUUACCGAUCCAUUCCCAUUGGGUGUUUAUAAAUCACUCUACAUUGGAAAUUUCUCAACAUCUAUCGCUUGUAGUGAACGAUUAUUAUGUUUUGUUCCACCUGUGGGUAUCGGAAAUCAAUUAUUGUUUAUCCAAGUAAACAAUGUCAUUCUCAAUAGAACCUUUACCAUCACAUAUAAUGACCCAACACCAAGUCCUCCCACUGUUUAUCUAGAACAAGGUCAAUCAAUUGGACCACUUGCUACACUCAGAUCAGCAGUUGAUAGUCGAGUUGGUUAUUCUGAGAUUUCCGUGACCGACAAGUUGGUAGUAUCAAUCUUUGACGGUGCUGGAAAUAUUCUAAAUUCCUCUACUAUUUUACCAGACAGCUUAAUUGCGCCAUACACCGCUGUCGUCACCAACACUGGCCUUUGUUUAAAGGGUACCGGUUUGCAAUUACAGUGUGGUCAAUUUAAUAGACCAGCCACCAAUAGUAAUAACAAGGUAUUGUCACUUUAUCCACAAGGCAUCUUUUAUCAUUCCACUGGACUGCCUACAAGCAACUUUACAUGGGCAUACACAAGACCAUACUCUUUUAAUCUCUAUACAACAUCAUUUUUGGCAACCGGUAUUACCUAUCUCGAUGUCCAAUCCAAUCCCACCCUAAAAACAGGCAAUUUUAUUAGCAACGGCUUCCAAUUUCUAAAACUCACAAGUUCAGGGCUGCCCACGAGGCUGAGAUUGUCAGUCGAGUCGCUAAAUCAAGAGGUAUGGUCCUAUGAAACUUCAACGAUCUUUUCUGACUCAUCGGUUGCUUUAGAAAUCACACCAAAUAAUCUUUGUCUAAAAGGUUCUAUUGUUACACCCAAGUGUGCAUUGCCAUCUUUCCCAUCCAACAUUAAUCCUAUACUCCGUGGUCGAUACUUGUUUUUAGCACCCAAGGGUACUUUUAGCGGUUUGGAGUGGGCUCUUUUGUUUACCGAUAUGUAUGGAAACAUCAUUUGGGGUCGUUAUGCAAUGGCCCCCUCGGUCACUCAAUUCUUCUUGCCUGGAAGUUAUCUUGUUCCAGGACAAAUCCUUCGACCAGGCGAGAUCCUAUCCAAUGGCUACUCAUUAAUACUUUUUAAAAAGCAAUCAUCACAACAAUCGCUUGUCAAAUAUUACAUUGGUGAAUGGGGCUCGUCUUCUGUAGGGGCGUCUACUACCCUUUUAAGUAUUCAAUCUGGUCAUGAUGGUUGUUACUUGUCAGGAACGUCACUUGUAAGUGGAAAUACCCAAUCUCUACCUUCUCUCGUACCAACAACUGCCAAGUUGUAUGGUAUACAAGCAGCAUACAAAUUUGGCAGUACCUACGACGACAUGUCCCCUGUAACCAUUCUACAAGGACAAACAGCAGAAGUCUAUCCUCAAGAACGUUUGGCCAAGAGAAAAACAACCAUUGGUGGAAAGGUUGUGAUUGUCCAAAGUGCACAACAAUAUGUUGGUUUGUCUGGUAUCACUGUUACCUAUCUCGGUCAACAAACUGUGACCAACGAAUUGGGAGAGUUCUUGUUUGAUAUAUAUUCUCAACCCCAAGCAUCAAGAUUUGUAUUUUCCAAUAUCCCUUCAAAUAUUGUAAUGCCAAUAUCAUCAUUCCCAGUCCCAUCGGUAUCUGAUUUUAACAAGAUGUUCUUUGCCUUUUCAAAAAGCUCAGAUACUCGUUGUUCUCUACAACUCGGAUCAGAGGGAGGAGAAACAAUGCAGAUUCAAAUGGGAACUGUCGACCUUUCACUCUUUGGUUGGUGUUAUCAAGAUUCAUGUGCUUUCCCAGUGACAGACCUUUAUCCAUCAUACUCUAAUCAACAAAAGUGUCGUUCAACCUUUGAUCCAAAUAAUAAUUUAGAACUUUCUUGGUGUGAUUCUUGUUAA